AAACUCGAUGGUAGAUUUGGAUACUAUGUUCAAUAAUUAUAACAUAUAGUUCAAGUAUUCUAAUUUAUAUUUGAAAAAUUCUUAGGUAAAGGAUUCAAAUUGAAAUUCUCAAGUUAUCUCGAGAAUAAUUAUUAAAAAUAUAUGCCUCAAGUCCAAUAUUCUCAAUUCCAUAUGGCACUCUUAGUGAAUUAUUGAUUACUGGAGAAUUAUUGAAAAAAAAUUUUAAAGAAGGAAGAGAAGUCUACAUUUUUGAUUGGUUAGAUGGCACAAUCAAAAAAAUUAAUUACAAACAUAAUAUCUAGAAUAUUAUUACUUUCUCAUAUUCAAAAAAAUUACAAUUAUUCAGCUCCUGAAAUUCUAUAAGCUGUUUAAGAUAUUGAAGGUGAUUUCUUGAUUGGCAACUAUUGUACAAUUCAUUA